AUGCCACCGCAAACUCGGCGAAUCGAGAGCCCUGAACCUCAGAAUAGCUCCGCUCAGUCCAAUAACUUGAUCGAAUUUGGCUCCAUCUCGGACAAAGAUCUUAAAUUAAUCCAAUCCUUUACCUUCACGAUCCGCAGACCGAACCUGGAAGCGGCACGAAUAUAUGAGGCGAUGCCCUCGGAUGCACGACAAUCCCCCCGAGACAUCACCGGAGGAAAGGCCCGCUUUGCGUGCAACACAGGGACUCCUCUCGAAAAGUUCCUCUAUCCUCAAGUUGACCCUUGUAGCUCAUACCAUGACCCCAAUGCUGCGAACACCAAAUCUCCUGCUCCGAUAUCACCCAGCUCUUAA